UUAAAAAAAGGGAGCAAGAAGCAACCCUUAACCCACUCGUCGGACCGUGACUAGGCUGCUAGAACGGCUCACAACGAUGAAAAACGGAAGAAAGAAAGGGGGGCGCAGAUUUUCGCGUUGGUGGUCCACGAUUGUUAUCGAACCAUUUCCCUUAUCUACGUUAUCGGGUCCAUUGUAUCGCACCAAUUAAAUUAAACCCAAUAACCUUGGUAUAUUGGUGGAGCCACGCGUCCACCCCGAAGGAAAAGCCGUCGUACGUACGAGAUACGAGGGACGGGAGGGGAGGAGCGCUGCGCUGCGAUGACUUAUCGCGCGAGCGACGGGCAAACGUAUAGUUACGCAGCCUCGUAAUCAUUCGUACACAUGUUAUAAUUACCGUUGCGUGGCCGAUUAAUCAUCGAGGGUGGGGCGAGGCGAGGCAAGAUACCGUGAGAGUCCUUCCUAUGUAUUGUAACUCGUAACUCUCUCUCUCUCUCUCGUGAAUUCUCUCUCUCGACGAUUUCGUUCGUUCGACAAUAGUUCGCGCCAUAAGGUACGAUUCUUACGCCGGGAUACGAUAUUGGUCUCUGUAAAUAACGAUGUUUCACAACGUACGAGGUCUUAGCGUAAUUGGCACGUGCGCUUUUAAAUUAUAUCAUUGGAAUAUCGAAGCUUUGUUGGACGCGAUUCGUAAUUACCGCCAACAAUAAUUCUUCCACUUCUUCCGGAGUGGAGAAGUUGGCCGGUCGUUAGCAACGAUUCCGCGGGGAACGAAUGCCUCUGGAAUUUACGCGAGAUUAAGUGGCGCGUAAGUACGCCGCUAAGCGAGGGACGCCUGCAGCCAUCGCUGCGUGCAUUUCGCGAGGAGAAGGAAGUCCAGGGGAUAUUUCCCUCGGAAUAAUUCCUUCGUUUCCUUCGUUCGUUUUUCCAAACAGUCUCGUCCUUCGAUUCUAUUUCGCGUUAUUAUUUAUUAGAUCGAGAUGUAUACAAUUCGAAGCGUGAUACAGUUACACGGCAGAGAAUCACCUGUUCACCGCCGGUGAAGGUGAAGUUCAAGCACGCGACCGCGAUACGACUUAUCGAUCGAUCCAGCCGCUCCCACCACCCCUCGACCUUCCACGCCCACGCGCGAUCGCUAUUCGGCGUUGCAGCGGAAGCGACUCGUAAGCGGUUGAAAGCUACCUCUCGCACCGCGAGAGAUGAAACUAAUAGGAUUGGGCGGAUAACGAAAACGCGAUAAAUACGCUCGCAGCUGCUCCACUUGGUUGGAAGGAGACAGAACGCGCGUAUAACUCGAGGAUUGGGAGAUGUAUUGAUAGAUACGAUUUAGAAUGUUGUACGAGUAUGAAAUAAGGAUAUCGUUUAUUGGGAAGAAUAAACGGAUCGGGAGAUGGUUAUUGGGAAUUGUUCAUAAAUUAUCGGAUACACGGAUGUGGAAGGGAUAAAUCGACGUUCUAAUCACGGGAUUGACAAUCGUGUUAAUUAUAUACGGGCAUUGCUCGGCAUCGAACUUAAUUAUCGCUUAUCCAUUUCACGAUUAUUUCUCGUGAAAAGAAUUAUGGGGCUUGUUGGAAGGGGACAGUUUUUUCGGUGGAAAAAACUCGUUGGAGCGAGACGGGCGUCGCGCGACAAUAAAGAUAUAAUGUCUACGAUUGGCGAACGCGUUACAAGGUGUUCGAAACGGCUUAGGACGGCGUAUUUUAUUAACGUCCCACGUUUCGACCGACUGGUUUUCGACUUCCUCGUUUCCCUCCCCCCCUCCGAAUCUCGUUUCUCGAUACUCGCCUCGAUCGAAUUGACGCGAGCUUCGUUGUUCCCUGGACGGGAGAGAGAGAGAAAGAGAGAGAUUGUAAAUUAAUCGGCGUUUCGUUUUCCAACAGUGAAUUUCUUUCGACCGCCCGAAGCGAUCAAAAAUUCAAAUCGAAACCAUCGGUCCCCUCCGACUUUUUGUCGUAGCCCGAUAAACGAUCCCAAAUUGCUUUCGCGUAUUAAUCCCGGUGGCCGGAAAAUUUACGAUCGAUAUAAAACGUUGCGCAACGGAGGAGAGAUAGCGAACGAGUUGACUUGGUUUUCUUCGAUAGAUUAGAAUCUAUCUGCGACAUUUCGAAUCCGGGGCUAAGCCUCGCCCCCGAUUACUGCGCCGUUCGAAUCUCAUUUUUCUACCUCUUCCUGUUCUCUUAUCUUCUCGUUUACAUCUGUCACUAGUUUUAGACUACUUACAUAUAUAUAUUACAUAUAGUAUGUAAAAAUGAAGUUGGACAAGAUUUUGAAUUUGAAUACCGGCUCGGAUUUAUCGAAGGAAGCACAAAAGUGGGACGAGAAUUACGGGAGAGAAAGUAGCGUAUCGAGGGACGAAUUGCGCGUAUGAAGCAACGUCUUAUUACGUAACCCCAUUAUCCCCCUUCCUCGAACCUACACCCACCGUAAUUAAUUAAACGCGUGUCGUUUCCUCGAAAUUACGUAAGCACGGUAUCGGAUGGAACACCUGCGAGAUCACGUGAAGAAUCCGAGGGAAGGCGCAUCGUAUCGGCGAACAAUGGCUGGAUUUCUCAAUCGUUCUGCCGCGUAAUCGAUUAGGGUUCCUGCGCUAUCGUUGUAUCGCGGGAGGUGCGGCCGGCCAUUCGGCAAACCUAAUUGAAUGCGAAAUCGAGGAUUCCCUCUCCUCCCUCCUUUGUGCAAGGGGAAUUCGCGUAUUAAUUAACAACCGUGCAUCGAAAGAUUGUUCGAGCCGAGAUAAGCAAAGUCUUAGGAAUUCGCUAAGUAUCGUAUCGAUUCUCCUUCCUCCAAGAUGCCCUCGUUUUUAUGUUUUGUAUCGUCAUUUCGAUAUCAGCUUCGUUUGAUUAAAAUUUCCUCGCGACGAAAUCGAAGAGAAUAACGAAAUUUUUGAUCGAUAUCGUGACGCGACCACCCUCUCUGAGCGGAAGGAACUAGGAGGCCGAUGGAACGUUAACCGAGAGCGUGGAUGUGCGCCGUUCGAACCGUUUCCUGCCCCGCCGGGGCCGCGCGCGUGUGUGUGUGAGUGUGUACGCGCGUACAUAAGCAAACCUGUUGUUACCGCCCCUCCCCGCCAUUAUCUCUCUCACGCAUCGGCGCCGAUUUUUAUAGGCGAGGUGAUUCACGAGGCAAGUUCAUCAAGCCCCCCCUCCUCCUCCUCCUCCCUUACCUUCCGUGGGCACACAAGCAGCGCGCGCUUUCACGGGAAUUAAGGGGAGGGGGAGGAAAGGUUGUUCCAUUCCCCGAUCAAAAUUGUCCGUCUAUUUUAUCGCGUAAUGCAUCCCCUCCCCUUCCUUUUUCUUCGUACUUCUGAUCGAGAAAAAAUUCGUAUCCGACGCGCGGGCGACGGAAAGAUUGCGAGAAUCGCGUUUGAAUUACGCGGCAACGUUGUAGCGUUUGUAUUAUUAAAAAUAGCGCGGAUGGAUGGAUGGAUGGAAAAAGAUACGAUCCGCACAAAUUUCUCCGAUCCGUAGAUUGGAAAUCGUUAAAUAGGAGAGGUUAAGGAUGUGAAUCGCGAUUGCUGAAUCGCGGCUAACGGUAUCUCCGUAUCGCCGUUCGUUAACGUCCCUCGUUUUUACCAUCGAUCGAUAUCGUUGCGGGGAAUAUAGCAAGGAAAGUAAUUCCACCUUCGAAUAACCGAAUAAUUCCUCCCCCUUCCACCGCCUUCUUUCGACAACGGCGUUGCGCGUUCUCGUUUCGAUUGCAAACGUCGCGCAACACUGUCGUCGCUGUGCUCCCACUGAUUAUUCGCGAAGGCCAAUUAAACCUCCUUUGUAUUAGCUCGCACAGCUUAUACUUUCCAACCUCUGCCUACUUGAAUUCCUACGCGACGAUCCUUGAUCGCAGAGAGAAAGAGAGAUAAUGAGAAAAAAGAACAACUUGACGAAUUAACUCAUAAGAAGUGUUUCUUGGAAAGCGAAAAAUUCUGAAAACUAUCGUAUCCACUUUUAGGAAUAAACAAACGUUGAUAUUUAUUGCGACACCUGUGCUGAAAUACUCGGAAAUCGAGUCGUCGUAGCCGAAAAAAAAAGUUAUCGUUAUCGGCCCGCUCGAAUCUAAUGCGGAUGAAAUUCCAAGGAUUCCGCUUCCUGCUCCGACCACCGGAUCACCUGUUACGCGAAGAGAAUUGCCUUUCCUGCCCGCUAAUAGAGAAACACGAUUCGAAUUAUCCGUCUAAUUUAUGAAAUUCGACGUGGGAUGGGAAACGGAUGAAUCAUUUUCGCUUUCGAUCGAUGCGAAACACGUAACGGUACGCGAAUCGAGUGGAUGGGAGUGGAUGUCAGCGCGGAACGUUCGAUAUUGAAUGAAAAGCGGCGGUGUUAUUUAUGGGCUGGAUUGUGACGCGGACGAUUACGAGCGCGGUGAUGAGGUAAUAUCUUCUAAGAGUUAAUGAAAAUGAUUGCCAAUCAUUUUUACAACCUUCGAAAAUAUGCAAUUCCCUCUCUCUCUCUCUCUCUCUCGUCGCCCUCCCCCAUUCGAAAGCAAAAAAUUUGAAGUAUGUUGUAAUAUUUUGAUCAUCAUUGCUUUGAAAGGAUACGGAAUAACGACGCGUUACGAUAAACCUACGAACUUGAAGGGAUCGUUUCGUAAAAGGGAAAAGAAGAAAGGAGAGAAGAGAAAGGCGGAUAAUAGAAUUCACGUAAAUCACGGAUACGCCCGAAACGAGAACCGGGAGGAUUACAAAGACAAUGACCCCUGCAGCACGAGAGUCAGGUAGGGAAGCGCGAUAAUUCAAAGGGACGUCUAAUUCAUACGAGAAACUCGUUUUUUAUCCCCGAGAGAGAGAGAGAGAGAAAAAGAGAGUGAAGCGUGCGCGCGGAGAAAAGAAGAGAGAAGAGAAGAGAAGGGAAGGGAAGGGAAGGGCGAGCGGACAAAGAAUAAAUUACACGCAAUGUUCCACAACUUCCGCCGCCAUGGAAUCGAAAACGUCUCACUUACAGACCCCGGCCCGCCCUUCGAGCCUAUCUCUAAAAAAGCCGAGUAGAAGGUCACCCCUAUGCGACCGCGAGUCGAGGAAUCCGUGUAAACCCGCAUGCCCUCGUCAUAUCCCACUCUUCCUCUCUCUCUCUCUCUCCAACAAUUUAGAGACGUCUCUGAACCGAGUGAAAAAAAUUUGAGGGAGACAAAGAGAGGAGAGAGAUCCGUCCGCGGAAUCAAUAUCGGCUCGAUCGGGUAUCGAUAACGCCUCGUAAAUAUAAUAAAGACGCCUCGCCUGCUCCUCGGCCGUGCACGAGGGUCGGGGCAGGCCGGUGCCCUAAGAGGAGAGAUAAUGGUCGAGGCCCUGGGCACCCGGUAGGCCUCAACCCCCUCUCCGCUCGCUCCCUCCCUCUCCGUCGGGCGCAACACGUUGCGGGCAGAGGCAACGCGAGAACCGAGUCAGUGAGAUUCAGCCCGAGCCGGCGAACGGUUCUUCUCGCCGCGUUCCGCGAUCUCGACCAUUUCCACCGUUUCUUCUUCGCGCGUGCUCUCCCCUUCCAUCAAUUUCUCGCUCGGAACGGAACAAUCGUCGUUUUCUCUCCGUUCUUGUCGACGAUCCUUUGCAUUUUUGGAAACGAUCAUCCCCCUUCGAGAGAAGAUCGAAGCAGCGAAUUUCCACGGAACGUGUGCAUAAGGAGAAGAAGAGGAGGAGGAAGAGGAUAUAUAUCCGUCGGUGGUGGCGAGCGGAGACUUCGACGACCGGUACGAAGGAUGUCGCGCGUGGUGGACCACCCUGACUGUCGUUGUCGUCACCGUGUAUCGGUGACGACGAUCCUCGCCGCGAUCUUACGGUGAGAUCGCGGGGAUCUCACCGCGCGUGUGCGUGUCUCUGUUUUCUUUUUCUUUUUCUUUUUCUUCUUUCUUUUCUCUCUCUUUCUCUCCUCCCUCCUUUUCCCUCUCCCUUUCCCCAUCCUCUUCCCCCCCGCAUAAAUAGACUCUCGAUUCCUCUCGGAUUACGAGAAAACAGGUCCGCCAAACUUACACGCUGCUUAUUUAUAUACAUAUAUACGCGUGUGCGCGUGUGUAUCGUUCGUAGGUGAAGAUCUCGUUGCGUAACAGGGAUACGAGAUAUAUAUAUGUAACGUGGAGUAACGUUUAUGCGUGAAAAUAGUGUUAUGCCGGUAAUGAAGAUAUCGGCGAAGAAGCGGGAACGACAAAUUUCGAUUUGUUCUCGGGAAAGUGGUGACUGACGAGACGUUGGAGGUCGCCUUUUUGCUCCUCCAUGCCCGGUGAGGAGAGGGGAAGAAGGAGCAGCGAGUGAUCCGAGCGAGCAACGAUCGGGUGAAGAGGGGAGGGAGAGCAGAGUUGGGAGAUAGCAGGUGAAUGCGACGAGCCCAUCAGGUUCGCGCGCGACGCCCGUGGGAACCCGUGGAUCCCUGGAUUUUAUGCACGCCGGAAAUCGCAGCAUGGAGGACAUAGUGACGGUGGGCAGCACGAGCACGCCAAGCACCAACACGGUUCACCCGGGCGUGAACGACAUGGACUGGUUCGCCGGCGUGGCCGAGGAAGAAUUGCUGUACUACACGGGCGUCGGGAACGACGUCGACUCGCUUUGGGCUGUGAUCGGGAGCUUCGUGCCACCGCCGCCUAGGCCACCUUAUUUACCAGAGGAGGGUGUUACCACCGACGGACUCACCACCUGUGAUUUGUGCUCGUGGGCGUGGAGAAACGACAGGCAUUCCUUCUCCCUCGACGGCACUCUCGAAGCUCCUGGAGAACUCGGAUGGGUGCUGACUCUAGUGAUAGUGUCCUUAGUGUCGGCGGGUAUCGGCGCAGUGGUCAUGGUCACGCUUCUCCAUUGUCGAAGAUUGAAGAGCGCCGGUGGCAGAGCGAAUUGUUGCAACGUCGCCGUGGACGAUACGAACGCUCAGGAAGCCAGUGGCCCGGGUAGCGGGGGAGGAGCAGGAGGUGGAGUGGCGGUUAUACCAGAUCGGCCGCCUCUCGAACUCGACAAACUGCCACCUUAUCACGAUGUCGCUCCUAGUCCUGGGCACAAUGUGUGGUCGUGGUUAGGCUCGCGACGCGGCGGCGGUGCACCGGGAGUCGUGACGACGCCUCUGUCGCUUCCGCAACACAGACGAGCGAUGAAUCUCCCCGUGGAGAACCACUACACCCACAUGCAAACGGACGAGGCUUUGUACGCAGAACUGGACUCUCAGGCCGCGAGCUACGCGAGCGAUCUCCAGCUACAAAUGAGAGAAAGCUCGACGUACGGGACGACUUCCGGCGGCCAGGACGACGAGUACCACGAGCUCGACGCCGCUAGGUUACAUCGUCAUUACGGCGGUAGCAACGGGGACGGAUCUCUGCAGAGGGACACGCUUCGUACGCGCCACAGCAAAAGGUUACAAGAACCGGAUUACGAGAUGUACGAGAACGGGCCGUCGACGCCGGUGCCGCCCGGCCAGAUGCAGCACCACCACCACCACCACCACCAUCAUCACAAUCACCACCAUCACCAUCCUCAGGAUCUACGCGUGGGCAGCAGGAACGGGGACCACCCCUCGUACCAGAACACCGCGUACACAGGAAGCGACGCGGAACCGGACGGGCCGACGUUGAGCAGCGCGCCGAGCAGCGCCUAUUACAGCGACCUGAGCUCGAAUUCGGCGAAUCAACAGAUGCCACCGGCGGCCGCGCCAGCCUCGGCAGCGAACACGAAUCUCCACAAUCUGAACCAGCAGGGGGGUGGUGGGGGCCUGGAAACGCCUCAGUAUCGAUUGGCGGCGAUAAACGAGACCUCGGUACCCUCCGACUAUAUUUAGAGCCAAAUUUCUUCGAAACAAUUGGAGCGAGCCAACGAGUUUUCCUCGUAUUUAUCUCUCUAUCCUUCUCGAGCUCGAGCGAUCGAGAAGAAGAAGAAGAAGAAGAAGACUGAACGCGCUAUGAUGACAAUCCCAACGACUCAGGACAUUGCACGCGUUAAGAAGCAGAUAUCGAGCAUUAGAGAUUAGAUUGCGAGGUUAGAUUUGCCGGGGGGAAAGGGAAUUCACUCGAAACGGUAGUGCCAUAAUAAAUAUCUUUGAGAUUGGUUGAUGGAAAGCGAGAAUUGGAAAAUUCUGUUGAUAAAAAAAGGAGGGAAGGGGAAUUUUAUAAUAAAGUUGGGGAUGUUUGAAAAUGUACGGGCACACAGGGUGCGAAUAUAGGCGUGAAUAUUGAACGAGAUAAAUCGGUGCUGAAUCGUUGAAUACAAGGAUAUCCUCCGUCAGGUUCGAUCCUCGUUUAUCUUCGAUCCUCGUGCGACGGUGGAAUUAAUUCGUUUCACCCGAUUCGGCAGGACUCGUUUAAUCGACGCCGUCCUCGUGUCCUCUUAAUUACCUUCCCCUCGGACAGCCUCGAUUGUUCCUUCGACAGAACACGAACCGGCGGAGACGUUCCCCGCCCAACGGAUUCUCCCCGCGUUUCACGUCUUUCGUUUGUAUCUCUCACCCGCGCACCCACCUUGUCGCAAUCGCCGCGCACACCUUCCAACAAUCCCCUACUUUAAAUCCCACGUGAAUCUCUCCGAUUUCAGUUCCACCGCAACGAAGUUUAAACAAUUCGUCCAUUCGUCGUAAAUAAGGCAUAAAGAAGAGGAGGAAAAUUAUGGAUUCUCCAAAAAUUCUAAUUUAUUGUAUAACUGUUAUUAGAAAUUUUCGAACUUUCCUUGGUUAAUUCUGAUCAACUGUGGACCACGAAGUUUAAAUAAUUUGUCCAUUCGUUGUAAAUAAGGUAUAAAAAAGAGGAGAAAAAUUUUGAUUCAUUAUGGACUCUCCAAAAAUUCUAAUCCAUUAUAUAACUCUUACUAUAAAAUUUCGAACUCUCCUUAAUUAACUCUGAUCCACUGUGGACUCUCAAAAAAUUCUUACAAAUUUUCCAACUCUCCUUGGAUAAUUUUAAUCCACUGUGGACUCUCCAAAAAUUCUAAUCCAUUGUAUAACUCUCACUAUAAAUUUUCAAACUCUCCUUGGAAUAACUCUGAUCCACUAUGAACUCUCAAAAAAUUCUCACAAAUUUUCCAAUUCUUUUUGAAUAACUCUGAUCUACUGUGGAUUCUCAAAAAAUUCUCACAAAUUUUCAAACUUUCCUUGGAUUACUCUGAUCCACUGUGGAUUCUCAAAAAAUUCUUACAAAUUUCCAAACUCUUCUUGGAUUACUUUGAUCCUCUAUGGACUCUCCAAAAAUUCUAAUCCAUUGUAAUAUAAAUCUUACUAUAAAUUUUCGAACUCUCCUUGGGAUAACUCUGAUCCACUGUGGACUCUCCAAAAAUUCUCACAAAUUUUCCAACUCUCCUUAGAUAACUCUGAUCCACUGUAGACUCUCAAAAAAUUCCUACAAAUUUUCCAAUUCUUCUUGAAUAACUCUAAUCCACUGUGGACUCUCAAAAAAUUCUCAUAAAUUUUCCAAUUCUUUUUGGAUAAUUUUGAUCCAUUAUGACUCUCCAAAAAUUCUAAUCCAUUGUAUAACUGUUAUUACAAAUUUUCCAACUCUCCUUGGAUAAUUUUAAUCAAAGAGUGGACUCUCAAAAAAUUCUUACAAAUUUUCCAACUCUCCUUGGAUCCUCUAUGGACUCUCAAAAAAAUUGGAAAGAAUUCUAGAAAAAGAUCCGUCGCAACCAUUAUCACUAAAUUUUCAAACAUUACUCCCAACUUACUCCUUAUUUAAAACACGGAUCGUGGAGGAAUAAAUUUGAAAGGGAAUGAAAUUUUUCGGCCACUUUGGUUUAAUCCCGAAUAAAUCGACGUAAAUUACGCGCGUGGCCGUAAAUUACCAGUUCGGCGCGACAAAGAAUGGGCAAAACGCUUCGUCGAACGGUCGAAAAAUCGUUGGCGGCUCUCCUCUUUAACGCACACACAGGAGGGGGAACGCGGAUCCGCGCAACAACAGAUGCAACGAUGCAACUUGCAAUAAUUAAUUGCGCCCCCGCGGUCACAAUGGCGAUAGGGGGGGAGAGAGAGAGAGAGAGAGGCGGUGGGGUGGCGCAUUAUUCCGCCACGGAAAAAAAUCCCACGAACGAGGCGCGCUGUCCGAUCGCUGGUUUCUUAUCGUUCGGCCGUGUGUUACGCGAACGAAAACGGAUAUUAUGGAAUUCGUUUCGGUGGCCACGCUUAAUUAAAGUUUCGCUUUCUUCCCCGACAAAAGGGGAUCUUCUUCCGCAUUUCGCGUUUCCAGAAGAAAUUUAUAUUCUCGUUAAUUGCGUGAAUCAAUUUUCUUUUUUCAGUUUAAAGCGUUUAAAGUAUUUUUCAAAAUAGUAAACUCCAAUGCGAGAGAAAAAAAAGAACGAGUAAAAAGAAAUCUCCGUCCAAAAUGCAAAGUUUCCACCAUCUCUCGGCGAGGAGAGUCUCGAAAUUCUUCGAAGAAGCGUCAUUUCGUAGUAAAAAAGAAAGAAUUCGGCUUGUUGGCGAAAUUUCUGGAUCGACGUGGAACCCGGUCGAAGAGGAGAAGGUGGAGCGCGCACCAUCUUCGCCCCUGCUACACGGGAUAUGUAAAUUAUACAUGUAAAUAUAGCGAGGCAACCGAGGCCAGAAAGAUCGAACGGCGAGAUAUUGAGAUACGUGUUGGCGAUCCGCACACUUUCGCCUCUUCCUUUCGUCGAUUUUAUGCGAUCGAACGCUCCUGGUUAAAAGUCAGUCGGAUAUCUCUUCACUAUUUAAACGCGUAAAUUUAUCCAUGUAUUAAUCUGUUAACCGUGUAACUCCUUUCAUUUUCCCCCGCACAGUUUGUAACAAUUUUUAAAACACAGCUAACAGAUUAGUAAUUCAAAUUUGUAAAUUUGUUCCUUUCUAUCUUAAUUGUAAAUCGUAUGUAAUUACGUAUUUUCGUAUAUAUUGGUAUCGUUAAAAUAUAAGGUUCGUUUGCAAAAUAAGCGUCAGCGUGUCACGUUGCAAUCCUUAGGUUCGUUCGUGUAAGCGUCCGGUGACUUAUGGACGGGAGUGUCUACGAAAUACCUUUGUCGUCGCUCCGCCACCGAAAAAUGUCCUUAUCCCCGCGCACACCGCCAACCCGCUAAUUCCUAUGCAUUUUUCGCAUUACCGGUGAAAUCGCGGCAGCGUUCCUCCAGCGCCCGAGGAACAGUUCCCACAAUGGAAAAAUGUUAAGUGGAAUGAAACCCUUCCGCCCGGUUAAAUUGUUCAUCGACUGGUUUCAAAGUAUCGCGUGUCGUUUCGUUUGAAAAUUUAUCCGACGUGGACGGACCGCGAGGAAUUUCGAUCGAUGGAUUUCGAGAGAGAGAUUAACGCGAGCUGUAGGCAAGAAUUUGUACGAAUAGAUUCCUAUAAAAUUUAUUUUUGACACUUUGUACAUGUUUUUGAGAGACUCGAGAAGAAAGUUGUAAGACAAGUCUAAAGGAAUCGUUUUGAAAAGGAUCGAUUGAAAAGAGAUAUUAAAAUUAGAAUAUUUUCUGUAUAAAUUCUUAUUUAUGAAUGAUAUGUAAAUUGUUUAUCGUGUUUCCUUGUCUUGGAAAAGAAUCUCGUGUCUUUCUAUCGAGCCUCUCAUUCACAAACGUGGAAGUUAUACAAUUUAUGCAGUGUUCUAUGAAGAAGAGAAAAAAUUGUGAUUAAACUCGUAAAGAUUUCUUACCGAUCGAUUAAAGUCAAAUGUAUCGUUACGAAACGACAGGAAAUACAACGGAAAUACACGUGAGAUAAUUUAACGUGAAAAUGUUGAGAGAAUGGAGAGAGCGUGAUCACAUCAAUGAUAUAUUAAGAUUUUGUUACAUCAACGACAACGUUCCUGACAGAAACGCACGAUUUCUAUUUUUGUGAUGUGAUGUUUCUUGCCACUAAUGUAAUAUAAAUCUAGCCGAUUUUAAAGAUAAUAAUGUAUAAAAACUCACUUUUAAUGCGUGAAAUUGUAAAGAGAGAAGAAAGUUUGCUUAUAUAUUGUGUAAUUAAUGUUAAUUAUAGACAUGAAACGGUGCUAAGAAUGAAUUGUCGUAUUUGUAAUUGGAUAUUUUGUAAUUUAUACAUUGUUGUUCUUUGACGAGAUUAGAAAUGACGUUGAAAUCGACGUUCGUUGUUAUUCACACGUGCAAAAAUAUUGAGCGAGUGAACGCAAAUAAAAAAAGAUUUCCUCUAUUUUUUGACAAUUCUACAGUGCAACAAAGUAUUAAAUUUAGAACAACUAUGAACACAAAUUGUAUAUAACAUUGUAAAUUGUAAAGAAAUUAUUUUAUUUUCAUAUAUAUAUAAUCGUGAAACGCUUGUGUACACGAAUGGAUAUUCUGUGCGCAAUUAAGUCAAUUAUUGUGACCAAUUUUUAAAGGCAUUGCACUUUUUGUAUGUAAGAAAAUGUACAGUGAAUAAAGACAAAUUUCAUAUCUA